UCCGCCUAAUCGACCAAUGGCAUUGGCUUCGGCGCUUCGCCUUCCAUGGACUUGUGUAAGUCGCCUUAAAAGACUUGAUUGAAUCCGAAGAGUGACGACGAUGAGCGUGAUGGCCAUAAUCAGAAGGUGGUGCAGCUUCGGCGUGUCAGUUGUGCUGGUGUUAUCGCUUCUGAUUACUACGAGUGUUGGUAUUGCGGGAGUCUUUGGCUACAACGGCGUGUUCAACGUCAAGUACAAAUAUGCGGGACGCGAGCGCUCGCUUACUCAACUCAAAACUCACGAUAUCCGCCGCCAGCUUCGAAUUCUUGCCGGCGUCGAUCUCCCCUUGGGCGGCUCCGGUCGUCCCGAUGCCGUCGGGCUUUACUAUGCUAAAAUAGGGAUUGGAACACCUCCAAAGGACUACUAUGUGCAGGUAGAUACAGGAAGCGACAUUAUGUGGGUCAACUGCAUUCAGUGCACCGAGUGCCCCAGAAGAAGCUCCCUUGGUAUUGAGUUGACGCUAUACGAUAUAGACAACUCGGUCACUGGGAAAUUGGUUCCUUGCAAUCAAGAUUUUUGCCUAGAGAUUAACGGGGGUCCUUUAUCUGGCUGCAUGGCUAAUAUGACCUGUCCGUAUCUUCAGAUAUAUGGAGAUGGCAGUUCCACCGCUGGAUACUUUGUGAAGGAUGUUGUGCAGUACGAUCGGGUGUCUGGAGACCUCCAAACUACUUCGGCCAACGGAAGUGUUAUAUUCGGGUGUGGCGCUAGACAAUCUGGGGAUCUAGGUUCAUCUAACGAAGAUGCACUUGAUGGGAUACUUGGUUUUGGAAAGUCAAAUUCGUCGAUAAUUUCACAGCUAGCUUCAUCUGGAAGAGUGAAAAAGAUGUUUGCUCACUGCUUAGAUGGAAUAAAUGGGGGAGGUAUCUUUGCUAUUGGGCAUGUCGUGCAACCAAAAGUUAACGUGACUCCAUUGGUACCGAACCAGCCGCAUUACAAUGUCAAUAUGACGGCUGUCCAAGUUGGUCAUGUUUUUCUAAAUCUUUCAAAAGAGGUGUUUGAGGUUGGAGACAGAAAAGGGACAAUAAUAGACAGUGGUACAACUUUGGCCUAUCUCCCAGAAACGGUUUAUGAGCCAUUAGUAAGUAAGAUAAUCUCUCAACAGCCAGAUUUAAAAGUUCAUACAGUUCAUGAUGAGUAUACAUGCUUUCAGUACUCCGAAAGUGUUGAUGAUGGAUUUCCACUUGUGACCUUUCAUUUUGAGAACUCGCUAUCUUUGAAAGUUUAUCCACAUGAGUAUCUAUUCCUCUUUGUAAGUAUAUCAAGCAAGUUAACAAAGGAAGGUUUGUGGUGUCUUGGAUGGCAAAACAGUGGGAUGCAGUCCAGGGAUAGGAUGAACUUGACCCUUUUGGGAGAUCUAGUCCUUUCAAAUAAGCUAGUCUUGUAUGACCUCGAGAAUCAAGUCAUUGGAUGGACUGAAUAUAACUGCUCUUCAAGCAUUGAACUGAAGGAUGAACAAUCUGGAACAGUACGUUUAGUAGGUUACCACUCUCUUUCUUCUGCUUGCAGUUUGAAUACUCGAUGGGCUAUAGUUUUGUUGUUUCUAAUUCUGCUGCUGCACAAUAUUUUUACUGAAAUGCUACUAGACUUCAGCUAAUACAAAGUACCAACAGUCAAGAUAAAGAAUCAGAAAAUAUGAAUAUAAAUAGAAAAUCAUGAGAUUCAUUGAUAAGAUUGUGCUCCGAAUACUUUUCUCUGUUGUAUAUUUAUUUUCAUGCCUGAUGUGGAAACAAGCUAGGGUUGUUCAUUGUAGCAAUGCUUCACUGUGGGUUAAAUUUUUCAACCCAUUGUGAAUAUGUGGAAAUUUAUGAAACUUAGAACCAGCUUUGGGUUUUGAAGUAUAUAUCAUUUGAACUUUGUAA